UGACCAAUCGGGAAAGGCUGGCUAGCAUCCUGCACAGGCCAAGGAAUUGGACCUCACACACCGCCCGGUUGGACGACAAGUGUUCCAACUUUCCCCCUUCAUCACCUCCAUUAACCCCACCGCGCGUGUCCCAUCUCCAGCAGCUCAAAUUUACGCUGCAGCUCGCUCUCAAUCCUCUUUUCUAACUCACAUCCACUAACAACACCGCCGCAAUGGAAGAGGAGGUCGCAGCUCUCGUCAUCGACAAUGGUUCGGGUAUGUGCAAGGCCGGUUUCGCCGGUGACGACGCACCCAGAGCCGUCUUCCCCUCAAUUGUCGGAAGACCUCGCCACCAUGGUAUCAUGAUUGGUAUGGGCCAGAAGGAUUCAUACGUUGGUGAUGAGGCACAGUCCAAGCGUGGUAUCCUCACCCUGAGAUACCCCAUUGAGCACGGUGUCGUUACCAACUGGGACGACAUGGAGAAGAUCUGGCACCACACCUUCUACAACGAGCUCCGUGUUGCCCCCGAGGAGCACCCCGUCCUGCUCACCGAGGCCCCCAUCAACCCCAAGUCCAACCGUGAGAAGAUGACCCAGAUCGUCUUCGAGACCUUCAACGCCCCCGCCUUCUACGUCUCCAUCCAGGCCGUCCUGUCGCUGUACGCUUCCGGUCGUACCACCGGUAUCGUCCUCGACUCGGGUGACGGUGUCACUCACGUUGUCCCCAUCUACGAAGGUUUCGCCCUUCCCCACGCCAUCUCGCGUGUCGACAUGGCCGGUCGUGACUUGACCGACUACCUCAUGAAGAUCCUUGCUGAGCGUGGUUACACUUUCUCCACCACCGCCGAGCGCGAAAUCGUUCGUGACAUCAAGGAGAAGCUCUGCUACGUCGCUCUCGACUUCGAGCAGGAGAUCCAGACCGCCAGCCAGAGCUCUUCCCUUGAGAAGUCCUACGAGCUUCCCGACGGUCAGGUCAUCACCAUCGGUAACGAGCGUUUCCGUGCCCCCGAGGCUCUCUUCCAGCCUUCCGUUCUCGGUCUCGAAUCUGGUGGUAUCCACGUCACCACCUUCAACUCCAUCAUGAAGUGCGACGUCGACGUCAGAAAGGAUCUGUACGGCAACAUCGUCAUGUCUGGUGGCACCACCAUGUACCCCGGUAUCUCCGACCGUAUGCAGAAGGAAAUCACUGCUCUUGCUCCCUCAUCCAUGAAGGUCAAGAUCAUUGCUCCCCCAGAGCGCAAGUACUCCGUCUGGAUCGGUGGUUCCAUUCUCGCCUCCCUCUCCACCUUCCAGCAGAUGUGGAUCUCAAAGCAAGAGUACGACGAGAGCGGUCCCUCGAUCGUCCACCGCAAGUGCUUCUAAGCGCACUCUUCAACUUCUUCGGCGCGCUUGGGUCGACGUGUAUCGGCGCUUGUGCUUCCGUCUUCGGACGGUUACGUUUGUAGCACAGUGAAACGAAAACAGCAACCAGCAAAGGGUUUUGGGCAUGAUAUGUGUCAAG